GAUUGGUACUUCUAUAACCGAUCUCUCCGCCUCUGAUGGGGACAUAGGAGACAACGCCAGGCUCGACUACUUUGUCUCCAGCGGCGACACGGCGCAUAAUUUCAGGAUGGAAACAGUGUAUGGAGGUUCAAACUAUGGGAUUUUAGAGCUGGCUGGAAAGCUGGAUUAUGAGACGAAGAAGUCUUACACCAUCAAAGUGACAGCCACUGAUAGGAAGAACAGUGACACAGUGGAUGUAGUCAUAACAGUAAGUAAUAAAUCAGCGACGAAGAAAUGACCAUCACGGUGGUAAAUGCACUUACUGCACUUUUCACAAAUAUGCAAAUUGUGAAGUUCAAAAGCCAACUAACGAUUGCGUUUUUCGCUGCCGUCAAUCAUCUUAGCGGACCUCUUAGCAAACAAAACUUUACUUUAACGGGUUCAAAAGGUCAUGGUUUGUGAAAAAGAUCCGUUUUGUGUGUUUCUGCGUUUCAAUCAAUUCUUAUAGAUAAAACUGUCAUGAUUAUAAAUUUAGAUUUCGCAUGUCCAGACAUUAACCCCGAAAAAAAAAAGAAAAAAAAUGGGGCCUCAAAAGGAAAAAGCCCAACAAUUCUUAUAGAUAAAACUGUCAUGAUUAUACUGAUUUCUGUCCAGACAUUAGGGACCUUAAGCAAGGAUGACGACGACGACGACGGCAGUGAAAACGUCGGCAUAAAAAUGAAUUUGCGUUCUUUCAAACUUAAUCGCGUCUAUUUGGACCCAAAUGCAGGUGCAGGCGACUUUUCCUGGAGUUGAAUUCUUAUGGAUUUUAUUCGGGUUCAAAAAGAGGAAGGAAAAUUCGUCGUCGUAUGUCCACGUCCUCCAUAAAACGUCAAAUUAGGAGUGGGCGUCAAAGAAAUGUACUAAAAACCGUGAUGCACGUGCAGAGCUGUUGCUUUGAUCUUUAAACCUAUUGUUUUUUUUGAAGUCGUCGUUGUGGUCGUCGUCGUAGUUGCUUAAGCUCCGUAAUUAAUGACCAGUAAACAUUAACAACAAGCGAACUUGGUCCCGUGGUACAAAUUGCCGUUUGCCUUUUUCCGUAAACUCUAUUCUAAAUCUCUUGAAGGUGAACUUUUUAUUAGUGCAUGCUUGCUUUUUAUAUAUUUUGUUUUUUCUUCAGUACUUCUUAUUACUUGUAACUUUUUAUUGUAGUUUUUAACGGUUUUUAACCCAGUGCAUGUUUUCUUUUUAUAUAUUUUUGUUUAUUCUUAAUAGAUUUUUAAUUUUUUAGUUCCUGAGCAGGACCCGUUUGGUAAUAGUACUUGGUACUGAAGGGUUAUCCUGGAUAAAUAUUCGAUUAUUAUUAUAGUAAUUAUUAUUUAUUAUUUUUUUUAAUUUUCUAGCAUAGUUUUAGUUGUUUAGCAACUAGCUCUCCUUUACCCAUCUGAUUUCGUUCUUGUCUGUAGGUUAUCGACACAAAUGACAACGUGCCUGAAUUUACUGAGCUGAUUUACGAAAAGUCGCUUCGCGAAAACAGCGAACCUGGUCUGGAUGUAAUAAAAGUGACUGCAACUGACGCGGACAGCAAAAACAUUCAGAGCCCUAUUCAGUACUCCCUUGACGCAACGGGCCAGAGAUACUUUGCAAUCGAUAUCACCACCGGUCAGAUAACCACUGCCAAUGAGAAGCUUGAUCGUGAAAGGGACCAAAUAGUCAGCUUUUUUGUGUAUGCUUUUGAUGGGAAGCAUAGAGGACAAGCGUUAGUAAGAAUUACCCUCGACGACGUUAAUGACAACGCCCCAUAUUUUCCCAGUGCACCGUACGUGGGAUACGUAGAAGAGAAUCUAAAUCCUGGGGCAAGCGUUAUGGUUCUUCAAGCCGUUGACUUGGAUACAGGCAUCAAUGCAGAGAUAGUGUACGAGCUGCUGAACAGUGCAAAUAAUAAGUUUGGUAUUGACCGGGACACUGGACUGGUGACCACUCGCGAAACCCUCGAAAGGGAAGCAGCCAUUAACGAGUUCACCAUCCAGGUAAAGGCCACAGAUAAAGGAAACCCGUCGCUGAGUGGAGUUGUUACAGCUACCGUGAAAGUUUCCGAUGGAAACGACCAAUUCCCAGUGUUCAAUCCCACGGUUUACAACGCCAAAGUUCCAGAGGACGCGUUACCCGGGUAUUCCGUUACAUUAGUGACCGCCACGGAUAAUGACUUAGGGCCAAAUGCCGAGUUAGAGUUUACCAUUACAGCUGGCAACGACCCUUACCAGUUCUACAUCGACCCGAAAAGUGGCGCUAUACUUGUGUCAGGUCUGCUGGAUUUUGAUCAUGGGAAAAGGAACUACAACUUGACGGUGAUGGUCAGCGAUCGCGGCGUUCCACCCAAAAAGGCGGACAAGCCAGCGUUUGUUUACAUCACUGUCACAGACGCUAAUGACCAUCCACCAGUCUUUAUCCCCGCUGAGUAUAACGUGAGAGUGACAGAAAACUUGAAACCAGGAGAUACAAUAUUAACGGUGACGGCUAUUGACAACGACGCGGGGACAAACGCGCAGUUUACGUUCGCCAUUACCGGGGGCGAUGAUGCCGACAUGUUUGCAAUCAAGCCGAGUCCGAACAAUGCUAGCAUUGGAGAAAUUUACACCAUUUUGCAGCUUGAUCGCGAAACUGUUCCUCAGUAUAAUCUAACUAUUACGGCCACGGACACUGGAGGGCUACAGGGCGUGGCGUUAGUGCGUAUUGUCUUGACAGAUUAUAAUGAUAAUGGUCCCUGGUUUGUACCGCGGUAUUUCGAAGGUACUGUCAAAGCUGGCAUUAGCCAACAACAACGCGUCACCGAAUUGCGAGCUUACGAUCCAGAUGAAGCAAGCAAUGGUGCUCCGUUUACGUUCACAGUAGAGACUCACAAAGAUCGUUUCGACCUCAGGGAAAAUUCCCAAGACACAGCUACCACCGAGUUACUCUUCUCCAAAGAAACCUUUAAUCGGCAGGUCAAGCAGAUUUGGGAAGUAGAAAUCAAGGCUGAAGAUAGCGGAAGUCCCCGUCAAACUAACACGACACUAGCAUAUGUUCAAGUGCUUGAUGAUCAGAACACGCACGAACCAUUUAAUGGACAGUUGACAAUAAUCUUGAAUGCUUACAACGGCAGGUUUGCUGGUGGUGUUAUCGGCACGGCCUACUAUCAGGAUAAGGACUUCGGUGGCGACAGAAAUAAAUACUCCAUGGGUUCUCAGCAGUACUUUACCCUCAAUGAAAACAGUGGCGAAAUCACCGCCGAAGCAAACAUUCCCAUUGGCCGGUACAGUUUUAGCGUCGACAUCGAAGAACAAAAUCAGCGUUCUGGAAACUUCCCCAAGACCGUGAAAUCGGACAUAACCGUCAUUGUACAAAGCGUCACCAAUGCAGCGAUCCUUCAAAGUAUUGCAGUUCAAAUCCUGGCCAUGCGGUUACCAAGCCGCUUUGUAGGUGAUUAUUAUUACGAAAUGAGGAGGGUGUUGGCUAGUAUCCUGUCUUCAGGCAAUGAGAACGCGAUUUUGAUUUUCAGCGUCCAGAAGUCGCCAGAUGGCCGUGUUCCCAUUGCAGUCGCUCGGUUUGGACUGGAGAUUCAACUUGCUGUUGAGAUCGCAUCUGGGUCAUUUAUGGCUCGUACAGAUGUAGUACAGCGGUUAGUGUCAAACAAGCAAGACCUCAUCGACUUAGGUGAGUUGAUCGUUGGUUCAUCAUUUCCGUGUCCUUAUAUUAUGUCAUCAAGCAGUUGUUUUAUAUGAGAAAGUUAGAUGCGGGUUCUAAGAGUUUAUAGAGCGAUUUUCAUAUGAUCUUGAAAUGAAAACGUGCGAGCAAAACAGAAAUUACAAACGAACGGAAAUAUAGCGAUUUGAUUGGUUUAUCGAACGGAUAUAAACGCGUGUGGCUUUUGGUUGGUUAAUCGAACGCUCGGCUGACAAAACCUCAUGCCCAAAGAACUUUCUAGAAAUCAACCGAUACUUCGCGUUGACGUCAUACUGCAACACGAUUGACCAAUCGAACAUGGAUUGGCCAUCUCCAUAUUUGGGUUUUCUUUGGCGGGAAAACGGAGAGGCCAUGUUUUGAUCUUUUCAUCCACUGACUGAUAAAACAAAUAACGAACACUUACCGAAACCAUUUUUCAAGGUCAUAAGAAAGUCGCUCUAAUGGGGAACACGAUUAGUCAUGUUCCAGGGACAUUUCAAGAACAACAGGGUGACCAGUAGCUAUGUGUGUGUGUCUGUUGUGUAAAAGGUCAUGGGUGUAACUGUUCCACUUCAAUUUUAAAGCUGCCUUAAAUAGUAUAUAACCAACUUUAUCAAAAAAAAAAAAAAAAAAUGAUGAAAUUCGAUGGUGAUGAUGAUGAAAUUCCGUCAGAAGCAGUAUACUGUCACACACUGUGAAGUGGAGCUAAGUCCUGCGAUUGAAGGGCCUAAUUCGAUUGUUCGCCCAGACUAGAAAAUGUCGCGGGGACUUUAGUUUGUUGUUUAUUGUUGCACGAACAGAGUGAAAACAACAGGGUUGUUGCGCAAACAUUCACGUGAAGGUCCCUCCCUCCGGCUGGCGCCUUUGUGACAUUGUGUCCACGCAACAUUCCUAUGUGUCAUAUUUGUGCGACAUGUCAGAAGAUAGAUGCUCCCAAAAAUUUGUGCCGCGUGUAUUAAAAAAUGUUAGAGCUCACCAAACAGACUCGUCCCAUCAACAUGGCGUUUCGUCUCUGUUCAGCGACUUUUAGUACUGUAUAAGCUUUUCUAUUGGCACAGACAGGCGCCGAGUUCUUAUUAUCAUUGUCUCAGAUAUAAUUCUUGUAUAUUUGAUUGAUAAAACAACCUCACUGGUAAGGAGAGGUUUUUUAAAUCAAUCCUUUGACUGCUGUAUGUAUUCCGUACAUUCAGGUGCAUUUUAUUGUCCUGACGCUACUAGACUGCAGAAUAGUCCGUAUUUUUGCGUAUUCAAGUAUGCGCGAACAGUCAAACAAAAGGUCUGGAACGAGGCUGGGGCUUGUGAGGCUCGCGUGAGGCUCUUACGCUAUUUUUACGCUACGCUAAACCAAUUUUGAGAAAAAAAACGACGCUGCUGAAGCUGACGCUGCUAUGUUUAACAGUGCUCGACUGUGAAUAAGCGUGUUCUUUCAACUUAACAGGUCUGACAAUUGGGAAAAUCGGCAUUGAUGUCUGUGCCUUCGAACUAGAGGAUGUCGGAAAGUGUAUCAACAAGGUCGAAGCAUCCUCCCAGUUCACCGUUGUAAGCGGUAACUAUGGUCAGCUAAAAGGCAACGAAGCGCCAACUUCAUCGUUGACAAUAGUGUCCAUUAACAUCAUCCUGAAAGCUGAACACGUGUCAAUCAUACCGCCUGACACCAACUGUACCACUGGUUCGGGAUGUUUGCACGGGGGCACGUGCCACAACGCUGUUCCCAAGGGAAUCAUUUGUGAGUGCGGUCGGGAUUACCGCGGACCUGAGUGCCAAAGUACCACUAGAACCUUCAAAGGCAAUUCGUAUAUCCACUUGGAGAAGCUGGUGGCUUAUGAACGAAGCUUUGUUUCCCUUCAGUUUAUCACAGGAACGGCGAAUGGACUGUUGCUUUACCAAGGACCACUGUUUGACGGUAAUAACGCUCUCAUGUGUAUUGCAUCCUUUUUCUUAACAACCUGCGAACGAAAACGUCCUUAGACAAAGGCCUCCAACAAACUACUCUUGAGAACCGAAGACUUGACUUAAGCCGCGUGGAAGGCAUAAGACACCCAAUUAUGUUUUUUGGUUACAUUCAAACCUCCCUUAAAAGAGCUAUCUUUUAGCCCGAGAAAACAGCCGACAUUUGGCGACGCUACCACUGGUUUCCCCGCCAAAUGAAGUCUGAGAAACAAGCGCAGAAAUUCCAUACUGAUGACGCGUCACUACCCAGAUCUGGGUAGUACUUCUGAUUGGUCGUGCCGCGUGGGAAAUUUAUUUCAACCAAUCAGAAGCACUAUCCAGAAUUUGGUCGUGACGCGUCAUCAGUAUGGAAUUUCUGCGCUCGUCUCUCAGACGUCAUUUGGCGGGAAAACUAGUGGUAGCGUCGCCAAAUGUCUGCUGUUUUCCCAGGCUAGCUAUUUUUGGAACCGAGGUAAAUGCUCACUGCCGUAGAGAGAUGGCCGUUGGAGAAAGGUUCGACUGUAUUUUAACCCUUUUAUCCCCAGUAUCCACAUACCCAUUCUCCAGACCGCGUUUUCCAUACAUUUCCUUAAGGAAUUCCUCAGAACGUUCGUCUCUUUUUUUCUUGUCCAUGUCAGGUGCCAACAAUGGUCUGCCGGAUGUGAUGGCUUUAAUGCUGGUAGACGGGUUCAUGAAGCUUGUACUUACCUUGGGACCACACCCUAAUGCUCCAUUAGAGCUGUACAUGAACAAAGGUGAUCGCUUGGAUGACAGAAAGUGGCACACGGUUCAAGUCAUUCGGGAAUUAAAGGUUAGCAAACCUGAAGCUUUUAUUCCUAUAACGUAGGAAGGGAUCUGAAAGACAUCUUGAUUUAAUGCGAAGGAGAAGAGGAGAAGGCGUGAGGGGUGGGAUAAGCUUUGCGUUGGCCUUCUGAACAACAGACCACUUGCACGAUGGCGUCAUUUUACUACUACUACCAGAAUCCUUUUUGUUUUUCGUUUCAUAUUUAAAUUUGGUGAUCCCAUUGAGGUAUAAAUAACAAAAGCCGCAAUUUGCACAGGAAAGCAAGUAGUAGUAAAAUGACGUCAUCGUGCAAAUGACCUAUUUAUAAGCCUGUCUGUUGCGCGUGCCACGCGCGCGCUCCACGCCAGCUUCCCGCUUACCCUCGCCCACCUGAAAGCGCCAAAAAUAUCGCCUGUUCUGCAGGCUACCGAGUGGAUAACAGUGCUUUAUCCACAUUUUGAACAACCGAGGCUUGAGCUUUAAAUCACGCAACAUAAACCUCGAAACAAUACUAAGAUUAGAAUCUUGAUAUCUCAACAGUAAUGUAUCCAAAGAAAACUGAGCUUUCGACUCACAACACUCAACACUUUUACGUGCUUUAUGGUAAACUAAUCCGUGAAAGAAACCUUGUCUGUAGACCGUCAGCUUGUCUCUUAAUUGCUAGUUUCAAACCGAGAAAGGCUGGGUAGGACUCCUUUUAUUAAGGGAUGAACAACGGGACACCUGUAUGGUCAGAAAGAGCACAUUGAAAUUAGCAACAUUCUCAAGUGUGGUGAAUGCUAUACAGCCAUUGAAAAUCUCCAAAAUUUACUAGGAAAUAAUGACGUCCGGACAGUGUUGCAGGCAAUCCAUACAUCUCUUAUAAAUUUUCAAGCCUCUAAAUAGCUGUAUCCUGUUCAACAUCGGGCCGAUCGACACCAAACUUCAGAUUUUUCGUAACCUCAUAGUGCUCUUUCUGACUAUAUGGGUCUCUUUAUCCCAUAACAAACCGACUCAAAGCCAGCCCCUCUCGGUUUAAAACUAGGCAAUGCAUACGAGUCUAUUCUCACUUUAAAUUCAUCUUUUGGUUUACGUCGCAGAAAGUUACUCUGAGGAUUGAUAAAUGUUCCAGCUCUGCUAUCGUGGAAGAUGAUGGACGAAUCGUCGAAAACAGAGAAACCUGCGAGAUCGUUGGCGAAGUUUGGGGCGCUUCAAUGUAAUUAUUUCAUCUUAAUAUUUUAUUACACAAGUCCAAUUUCAGUUUGGUAAAGUACCGAUAAACAAACAUUACAUCUGGAAAGUACUGUUCAGGUGCAUUUGGACUGUUCACAGUCCCCUAUUUUUUCGUGAGGUCGUUGAGAUAUUUUCUCGCUUUCUCCAAAAUCGCCCCCGCCCUCGCCCCCUAAGUAGUUUUAACACUCACCGUUCAGAUGGCAGCCCGGUAACGAAAAGGCAGAUCUCGGGAAAAAUAGGGGAUUGAUUCCGCAUGGACUAGUCUUCAUACAUUUUUUAAUAGGAUUUUUGGGAAGAUGUUUGUAAUGAUUAUGAUAAUUUUUUAUAAUUGUCUUAACCUUCUCCCUUGAUGAUGUAUUGAUUUUGUUAGGAGAACAUUAAUCUUGGUCACUUUCAAUGUAUUGUGCAACAAGAAAUUUUCUCCCCUGAGCUAGUUUAUUCAUGACGGCUAGACGAUUCCUGAGGCUGCGAUCCUUUUGGUCACGGUUCACCUGUUUAAGGGUAACGAAGGUAGCGGGAACGAGAUUGAUUCCGCAUGGAGUAUUUUAGAAGGAUUUUAAGAUGUUUGUAAUAUACUAUGAUAAUUUAUUAUGGUGGUAUACACUGUGUUUGCGUGUCUAUUUUUCAUCGAAUACCAAACAACUCCACUUGACGAUGCACGAUUUCUCUUGUCUUUGCCCGUCGAAUUAUUAGCGAGUUUGAGAACGUCAUUUUUCACACAUUCGUUUUUUUUUUUUGUAGUUAUUUGAAUGGUUUUGGACCUCUUCAAAUUGGUGGUGUACAGACCGCUCUCACCAGCUUAUUCCCAAAGAUAAGCUUCGGCGGUUUUAGGGGCUGCAUCCGAGACAUAACCGACAACGGCCUUACGUACGAUUUGCUGAAUCCGUUACUUCAAGUGAACACAGAGUUGGGAUGUAAACUUGAUAACAACGCGUGUCCAGACUGCAAUGGCCACGGUUACUGCGAACCGUUGUGGACUAACAGCAUUUGCGUCUGCGACCUUGGUUACACCGGGCCCAAUUGCAACCAAAGUAAGUAAAUGAGGUCUUAAACAAUAACAAGCUGAGUCGGAUCAUAAACGUUUCUGGGAAACUGCCCAUCUACCCCUCCCUUAAGCCAACAUUUUGCCCCAAGUACUACACCAAAGUGUGGCACAGUACCUAUCCGAUAUGUGACUCUCCACCGUCGAGAUCGGCGCAACACAGCUUCGCUCCGUUACAGUAAUCGCGCCGAAAUCACCCUUCUUGUGUGAACAGGAGCCCUAUCUGGUAUGGGUUUCGUGCCGGCGUAAAAGCUCUCCGGUAUAGUGUAUAGAUAUCUGAAUUGAAAGAUUUUUAUAAAAACUGUAUUGUUUAAUUAUCCUGAAUUACUGGCCCUUAUUUACAAAAAAUCUUUUCAAUAACUGAAAAUUAACAAAUGAAUCGUAUAUAAUAAGUUUCAAACUCAUUUUCUGAUAUUAGGGGCAAUUAAGCAACAACGUUUUUGAGCCGCAUUGUCAACCGUAUGGCCUUUCUUCAUUUUUUGACGGUGGUUUCUGCAGCAAAAAUUUUAAUAGUCAAAUUUGCGCCUCCUAUAACAGUAAAUGUUAGCUUUGUUGGGGAUCCAGAACAAAUUUUAUAUCAUCAACGGGCAUGUUAAGAGGAAAAUACCAGCCAGAGGUUCCGGUUGACGUGCGUCGCCAUCAAAACAAGUCGCUGCUUUUUGCAGACGCUGUUAUUAAAAAUUGAAAACCUAUUCAUAUUGAAAUAUAUUAAAAUAUAAAAAAAUAUCAAUGUAAGUUUUCAAAAAACCUUUUGCCCGGACUGUUUGGACACCGCAUAUGUAAAAGUAUACUUAUUCUGUUCGUGCAAAGCUUUGGCAUAUCAAAAAGGCGCUGUCGUCUUAGGUUAUAGCGUGAGUUGUCAUAGUCUGGUGGGAGGAGCGCCUUCAAUUUAUGGUUUGGAUCACUAACAAUGUUAUCAAAAAGCCUGCUACAUGGUAUACUUAGCUUUAGUGUUUUGAAGCGCAACGUUGUGAAUAGUCUUCCUUUGUGAGUUUCUUACUUAGGACAUUCUCUUGUUACUAGGAACAAAUGCUAAUUGGUACAGGCCCAACAGCUUCACUCAGUACAGAGUGAAGCAAACCAGAAGAAAACGUCGUGAGCUUGUUCCCCCUCCGGUAUCAAUGGCUAACGAGUUCUACACUAAUAUUGCGUUGCAAGUCAGGGUGUCGCCUAAUUCGUCCGAUGUGGUCAUUUUCUUGGCCUCCAACAGCUUAGGAACAGAGUUCAACAGAAUUGAUGUGAGUCAAACUGAUUACUAAUUACUUGUAACACUGACUCUUUACUGACUGGGCCUCUUCCUGGGUGUUCCACUCAUGUCCAGAAAUAAUUCGAACUUUGGGAAUUAUGUAUUGUAGACAGUUCUUUCUCUCUCUAAACUUGGGUGCGGCUCCCAAUAAUUCAAUUCCUGGGAAAUUCCCCUGCAUUUGAGAUUCUACGUGAAUGACGUUUUCGCUGUCGUCGUCGUCGUCGUUGUAAAAUCUCCCUGUGAUUACGCGCUUGAAAUCUCCAACAGAAGAAACUGCCUCGUAGCAUGCUCCAGUGGUGCUAGCAUUGCAGCUUUUGCGUCUGCAUCUUCACUCGGCGCGGCACAUUGGUUUUCCUUUUUCCUAAGCUUGUGAUGUGUAGAAGGGUACCUUGAGCUGGGCGCUAGCCAGAGUACCGUGAAGAUGCCUUUGCUACCUUCGCCUGCAGCUACGUUUAUGGCACCUGCCCUCCAAUAAUUAUUUUAAUGGCGUUAAGUUACAUUAACGUUGUCGCACUCUGUGUUAUCAAUUAACAUGCAGGUACAUAAUCAUGUGUUGCGUUACGUAUUCCGACUGGGUGACCGCAUGAAGAUUCUCAAGAUCCCGCAACUGAACGUGACGGAUGAUAAAUACCAUACAGUGGUGGUGAAAAGAGAAGGCAACUAUGCGAGCCUUCAAAUCGAUUACGACGGCAAAGUGGAAGGAACCACUGGAGGCCUCCACAAACUGCUGAAUAUGGGCGGAGGAAGUUUCUUUACUGGUGGUUUACCCAAUAUCACAGAGGUACGUUAUAAGUACUCAUAUAACGUUUAUAUCAUCCUGCUAACAGAGCCUUUCUUUCGCUUGCUCGAUUUUUCCGUACGCGAAAAAGACUGCAUGAAUCGAGUAAGAUCUUUGUUAAAGGAGCUGUGUCACGAAAUUCAGCCAAAUUAGGUAAUUGCAAAAUGCCCGUUAAAUUAAGAGAAACGUAAAAAUAACCGCACAACAGAUACAACACAUGGCACGGAUGGGCAAAAUUGAAGAGGAUUGAAACGGAUUGAAAUUACGGUCUUUGAAAACUGUUCAGCCUAAACGUUUUUUAAAGUUGAUCUCUGCUGUUUGCAACUUCAAAAAUAACGCUCAGUAUUUGUUUGUCUGGAAUCCUUGAUUUUGUCAUUUCCAUGUAAUUUUUUUGCUUACUUUAAGUUCCAUAGCGAUUGAGGGCGAGUAAUUGGCAAAAUUAAACAAAAUGAACUGGACUUCCGUUACACAGCCCCUUUAAGCAUGCGUGACAUGUUUCUAGUAUACAGUUCCGAACCCAGGCCAACAAGCCGUGCGCUUGCUACAGCAGGCUCGGUAAUGGCCAUCGGUUUAUCAACAAACGGAUGCUCGCACUCGGAAAAACCAGUUUGGCGAGAGGAAACAAGAUUGACUAGUCUAGAAGUUCAGGCUGCGGCCUCCUCAAAGGUUUGACGCAAAAUUUAGGCAGAGCAUCUUUUUCUCCGCCCCACUCAAGAAGACGGGAGAAGGUUCUGCUAACAGGGCUCGGAAGCUUAUAUAUAAGCUACAACCAGUCGCAAAAAUGUGGACAGAGACACUCCGCCGACGAAAAACCGCUCUUUCUUACUGCAAAUCGCUGCUCGUCACACGUCUGUGAAAUAUAAUAAUCACCUCCCUCCUCCCCUCCAUUCAAAGUUGUUCCUCCAAGGUUUAAGCAUGGUCUUGUAUCGUAGCAACUUUGAUAAGGGGAGGAGAGGGGAUUACAAGCAUAAAAUCAUAAGCAGGUCAGUUAGGCCAAGGUAAGGUACAGUGUCUCAAGUAUCUUUGCAACUGGUUGUAGUUUCAAGCACUUCCACCUUCUAACAAGAAUAAUAACUGACCCUCAUCCGUAACAUGAUUUGCUCCCGAUUGGUGUAUAUGUUGUGGUUCAAUUUUGUCCUUGGUUUAAAUUUUAUUUUCCUUUGUUUUUGGGUAUGGUAAUAUAUGAUAAUGAGUUUGAAACAAAGGAAAAUAAAAUUUAAACCAAGGAUAAAAUUGAACCACAACAUAUAUAUCUUGUAGUUCAAUUUUAUCCUUGGUUUAAAUUUUAUUUUCUUUUGUUUUAAACUCAUUAUCAUACAUUAACAUACCUAAAAACAAAAGAAAAUAAAAUUUAAACCAAGGAUAAAAUUGAACCACAACAUAUAUAUUAGGCUGAUUUAGCAACAGAACGGGGACGUCAUUUGACGACAGUGAAGCGCGCGGUAAAGACUGAACUCGACUUCCGGUGACCAAUUUGCCGCGCUGCCAUUAGUCAAGCCAGUUGUUGGAUUCGCGCGCGCCGUCGUCAACUGACGUUCCCAUUCUGUUGCUAAAUCAGCCUAUUCUGGUGAUUAUUCUAGUGUCGCGACCUCUAACACUAGUUUCAUUUCCGUUUUUAGGUGAGAGUGGUUGAAGCCUUUGUUAACAGCGGAGGUAACGCAAUCUUGCGUACAGCUGACGGUAACGUGAUCUCAAGCGGUGUGGGAAGCUCAUUCGGUGGAUACAGCUCUUACGGUUCGUCCGGUGCAGCUUUCAUGGGCAACACUAUCACUGUUACUAGCCAAGGAGGGGUUGUAGUAUCGUCCUCUAAGGUUACGGUGAAGACCCUUAGCGGAAUGCGAGCCGUCGCAAGCUCGUCAAACGUGUUUAUAGGAGGCGUUAGCAUGCGCUAUUUUACUCCCAUUGGUGGUGGUGCGAGAUACAGCAAGAUUGUAAGUACGAGAUAUUCUUCUGGUAAGGUGGUAAUCCACAGACGUGGUUAUUCUAGUAGCAGUUCCGGCGGCAUUCUUGUUAGCGGUGGUGCAGGCGGUAGUGGGGGCGCUGGUGGUGGCGCUUCCGGUUCUGGUGGGACUUCAGGUACCGGUAGCGCUUCCGGUUCCGGUGGCGUCUCCGGUGGUGGAAAUGCUUCUUUGGGUGGUACCGUUUCUAUAGGUGGUACUGUCAUUGGAAGUGGAGCGUCCGCUCAGGGAGGCAUUGUAACUGGUGCUACUGUAUUGGGAGGUGCCGCUUCUCUGAGUGCAUAUGGAACACUUAGUGCGUAUGGUACCGGUUUGGGUGCAUGGACCCUUCAUGGAGCAACUGCAAAUGAUGCUGACGCAGAAGAAAUUCAAGUGAUAAAAGAUUUUGGAGGUAAGCAUUGGUGUUAUCUUAUUAAAACCACCAAUAACUCAUUCACAGGGAGGGUACAGCUGGCUAUCAUACGGACGCGCGCGAUAUAAGGCUACUUUAAAUGCAUUUGGCUAUGAGCAGUCUUUCAUUUUCCAUAGGGGGAGUUAAACAAGAAAUAUGCGACCGCGUGUGUCUACCGCGCUCGUGCAUGUCGCUAGUUUUUCCGGGCUGUCUUUCGUAGUCUGCAAAGAAACGCGAGAAACUGACAAGGCAACGCCGAGGGAAAACUUUGCUAUGAAAAUGGAAAUUGAAAUCUUGUUUACUUUGACUUGUGCGACUGGAAUUACCAGGGCGUGAAUUCGCAGGCCAAUUUUUGAAGUUAGUUGAGAGAAACUAAACAAUUAACCUUGUCUAUUUUUCAUUGGAACUUAAAAGAAUACGGUAUUUCUUCAAACAAGCGCCCACGGUAUAAUGACCAUCCUCCACCAAACAGGCGGCGCUCACCCUCAAGGCCAUUAUGUCAAAUAAGCACUCCCUCCCCUCCCCCUCACUUUCUUAAAUAGUACAGAUGAAAGGAAAACCAUCUUCUUUUGCCACUUUAUUUUAACUUUUUACUUGUUGCAGCCGGCCCACGCACUCGUUAAAACCAUUUGUAUAGUUUAGAGGGUCUGCGACGGAGAAAAGUACGCACUUGUAGAAUUCCUUUACGUGCGUUAUCUGUUCUUUUAAUUUUUGUCCUAUUGCCCGUGCUCUUUAUAAAUGCCGUAAACUUACUAGGAACAACUAGAUCAUUUUUUAGUUCUUUUAAAAAAAAAACGUUAUAAGCCACUCCCUCGAUUGAGUUAGCUAAAAUUUGAAAUAAGAUCCCGCGGGCUUAUUCAAGGAAAUACAAUACCUUUGCUCGUGUAUUUAACAUUACUUGAACAUCCUGGUUUAUUUUUUUCAGGUUGCACUGCAUCAAACAAUUACAACGGAGUGGAUUUGGACAACGACGCUAAUAUUGAAGCGCGCCGUCAGAACGUUGAGUUCCCGUGUCCAUGCGCGGAUACAGACUUCUGCUUGCACAGUGGUACAUGCGUCAGUGCUCCGGUUCCGUACUGUAUAUGCCCCCCUGGUUGGACUGGAGCAAGAUGUGGGGAUAUUGUUACUGAUCCUAGGCCAGGUUUGUCUCUCAUUUUAAACCCAGAAGUGACCAACAUCAGUUUACCUCCCUACAGUAUUCGUCCAUAAUCAAGUUGAAAAGUUACAAGAAUUAAUAAAAUGAGCACCAAGGGUUGAAACUUUUGUCUUUUAACAAAUUCUCUCGAUUAGUUUUUCAAGGAAUGUAUGGAGGUCAGUUUGGAGAAUUUGUAUGUGGAUAUUGGAGCUUAAAGUCCCCUUUAUACAAGAACCUGUUACGCCUAAAAUUUGAGCAAGUUCUCUCUUUCUAAAAUCAAUGAAAAAUAAUUUUGUACAGUCGGGUUAAUAAGAUAAGUCAACAUUCAGAAUCCUCUUUGGAGAAAUAGCUUUCUUAUCACUCCAACGGCAAUGUAAUAGUAUGCAGAUUUUAUAUAAGGAAUAAGCUGAAUAUACCACUGAAUACCCCUAGCUUUCUUCAAUCAAUCAAUCAAUCAACUUUAUUUAAACACGGUAAAUGGCUCAGCAAGCUGGUUUUCAGACAUGCCGUGUGAUAAUUACAAUUUAUAAAAAUUAAGACUAGUGAUUAACUAACAAUACAAUAUAACAGUAAGAAAUGAGUAUUAGAAAUAAGAUAAAAACAUAAUAAAAGUUAUAUCCUAAGAUAUGGUGAGUUUAAAGCUAGUAAGAUCCCCCAUAUCACGUGUUUCAUUUGACAGUUGGUUCCAAGCCAUUGCACCCCGAUAAGAAAAUGAACGCUUGAGAAAAUUUGUUUUAGGUAGUGGUAGUUGGAGAUCAUAAUUAGAACCCCUCAAAUUAUAGUCAUGAAUUUCAGAGGUUCUAUGAAACCGCUCCCGAAGGUACGUCGGACAAUCAUUAUUGAAUAUUUUAAACAUCGUAACUAAUAAGUGUCUUUUCCUUCUUUCUUCUAAGUUUGACCACUCUAAAUAGUUUAGUACAUCUGAUGAUCUGAUAGAGUAAUCAGCCCGAGUAAUAAUCCGUGCUGCUCUAUUUUGCAACUUUUUUCUUCAGAAAAUAAGAACCUAAUUGAGAACCUUCAUAGCCUAGAUUUGUGCUAAUUACCAUUUAUUUAAAAACCUGUCCAGGCGAACUUGGGAAAAUGCCGGUUCUUUGUCGCGGGUUUUCACUGUAAUAGACAACAGAGAUCAGGGGCGGAUCUAGGGCGAGGAUGCAGGGGGUGCGCACCCCCCCGAGAUGACCUGCGGUUUUCUAAUAAAACUGGUAUUCUGCAAAAAAAAACUAUGUGGUUUAUUGGUGUUGUAGUAGAGCAAGAGACGAGUGCACCCCCUCCUAAAAAAAAAAUCCUGGAUCCGCCCCUGGAGAUGAACUUUGGAAAAUUUCGUUUUGUAUGACAAUUCAAAUGAAACGUCUUUAGCUGCUCUUGACGAAAUUAAAUUUGGGUUUUCUCUUGAACGUCCAUAUGAGUGUUGUUAAACAAUCUCUGUGAUGAUUUUCCGCAGGUACUCGUCCGGCCAGUAAGUGGGCUAAUCCAGCAGUCAUUGCCAUUAUUCUGGUCAUCCUCCUCGCAAUUCUUAUCAUCAUUGGCGCUGUUCUUCUAAAGCGACGUCCAAAACCCACCAUGGUAGCUGUGGUAGAGGAUGGGCACGUUCACGAUAACAUCCGACCAUACCAUGAUGAAGGCGCUGGCGAGGAGGAUAACUUCGGCUAUGAUAUAUCAACGCUUAUGAAGUACACUUACGUUGAGAACGGCAUGGCCGGCGCUGGCGGUGUCGGUUACGGCAAGUUUAAAGAUGGUGGCGACGGCAACGGCGGAGAGGAGGAGUUUACUGUCAGUGAAAGCAAACCGCUUCUACAAGGCGCGAUGCCUGGGGCUGGAUUACAACACGGAGUAACCACCAUCACCAAGCGUCGAGUGGUGCAUCCAGAUAGUAUUGAUGUAAAGCAGUUCAUUGACACGCGCGUUCACGAGGCUGAUGGCGAGUACAUUCUUUCCAUUGAUGAGCUGCAUAUAUAUCGCUACGAGGGGGAUGAUUCUGAUGUAGACGACUUAAGUGAAUUGGGUGACAGUGAUGAGGAGCCGGAUGAAGAAGAAGAGCAGGAGUUUGCGUUCUUGCAAGAGUGGGGUAGAAAAUUCGAUAAUCUUAACCGGAUUUUCAACGAAGAUGAUUAACUCAGUCAAGCGCACAACUCAGUACCGUUUUGCAAGCAAAUCUCUUAAACCUUUACGUAGAAAAGCAACCUGGCAACAAGUCGUGUCUGGAUGUAAACGUUUGAUUUUACAGGGACCAUUCCACCGUCACACGUAAAAUGCUUGUAUGUUUCUCCGAGUCGUUCACUACAGCCAAGUAACUCUACACAUUGUGGUCAAAAAGGUUGGUUGAGGCAUUGUCACACAUAAAAGUGUAUCACUGACGUCACAAUGAUCCCAGGAUAAGAUUGCUCCCAAAUAAAUCGAGAGUUAGAUAGUCUUAAAGGUAAUGAAUAGUCUCUUAAUCUUGAAACUUUAUGCGCCUAGAUUUUGUCGAAGAAAACGUCUUUAGGGAGCUUUCCGUCUAUGUACGGUUAAGAAACUUGAACAGGACCGUAGCUAGCUUACGGCAAAUCGAAGUUCUUGCCUUAUUGCGAUUAAUACUUGUGACCGGCGGCCUGCCUCUAGACCUAACUAGCUGUUCUUGCCUUUCAUGCUUCACUUGCCUGGUCUGUUUUGAAAGUUUAGCAACGUCACACCACAGUUGUGGUACUUUUUUCUAUUUGAAUAAUAGCUGUACAUUUGUUUCGUAUCCUAAAAUUUCUUAGGAUAAUAAAAUUUGCUCAUCAGGGUGAUAUGAAAAGCCUUGCUUUUCGCUCGUUGUAAUUAUUAGAAUUGUAUUUCCUUCUUUGAGUGGAAGGGCUUAGAAUUAGUAGUAGCUAGUUUCAUUAGUAGUUAGUUUCAUUUGAUUGCCUUAAGCUGAGACCACGUCUCAAACUCAAAGAUGAGAUUUAAAAACGCCCCAGUUGAAUAGAAUAAUGUAGGAUAUUUUCUCAUUUAAGGAGUGAGGUCAUUUUUGCUAGAGAUUAUGCCACAACUAUUCUUCACUUAGCAAAUGAUGCGAAAGUACCGAUGUCCGAUUAUCAUACUUUGAGUUAACGUGCUCAGUCAUACGUAAAUUAUUGCGGCGAAUUUUAAAACAAUAUGACCCUUAAAAUUGGUAUUCUACGUGGCCAAACACUUGAAUAAUCUACUGUUUGGAUAGCCUGCGUGACAGUCGUUUGAAAGGAAAGGGGAUGGCGAUUCCAGGCGCGUGAGAAACGCGCGCGAAAGGAACGCGAGGGGAAGAUCUCGGGACCAAAUUCCCUUUCGAACGUCGGCCACGCGGGCAACUGUUCACGCAUCGAGGUGCGCAAAAAAUUCGCCGUGGCCAGAAACCACAGGACCUCGCCCCUUGACUGAUUAGAGCCUUUUUUAUAAGAAAAAUAUUGUCAGUUGAAUUAGUUCUUCCUUGAAGUUCUUCUUUGAAGGUCUCUUAGAAAGUUGUCUGCAAGAAAAUCACCGUCUUUCGCUGUUGUCCGCUUGUUGUACAAUUUGGACCACUCGAGUAGUAGUCAAGCGAGUAAGACGCGUGUACGCGAAAACUCAUGCGCACACUUUCGUAUUCCUGUCAUAGUAUUAGACAAGGGCAACUAUUAGUAUCAGACAAGUGCUAUCGCAAAAUUAGCUGUGUAGUCGCGGAUAAAUGAUAUUGGAAAAAAGUUUUUAUAUGUGUUGCAAAGUAUUUAAGAUUUUGUUUUUGAUUUAAGUAGAGACACCUUUGUUGGAAAGUAGAGCGCUAGCGAAGAUAUUUUGCUAAGCUGUAAUAAAAGAACUUGUCAAUAAAAGUAUGUUUGCAUUAAC